GCGUAUAUGAAGCGCAGCUUAUAAAUACCAGCAUAUGUAAGCGUAACAUGACCCCCCUCCACAAGUCAUUGAGGUCGGCCAAACUUUAGUUACACCCUCUAUUUCUAAUAUCAAACUUCCGGUCGUAGCCACUUAUAGCUGACCUGUUUCACCAUAUAUAAGGCGAUUCUCCUAUCCAAUUCAAUUUCAUCCUUCGCUUCCAAUUAAGCACCACAGUUUAUUCUCACGGGAACCGCAUCACAAACCCUUCACGGACACACACCACCGCGCCAAGAUGGCAAACAUGAAAGCCCUCAUCAGCGCCGAAGGCAAGACCGCCUCCGUAAAAUCCAUCCCCAUUCCCACGCCUGCCGAAGGCGAAAUCCUUGUCAAAGUGCACUAUGUCGCUCAGAACCCUGCCGACUGGAAAGUCAUGGCCCAAGUCCCCCCCGGCCGCAUCAUUGGCUGUGACUUCGCUGGCACUGUAUCCCAUCCCAACGGCUCUUCAUGGCGCGAGAACCAACGUGUCGCUGGGUUCGUCCAGGGCACCGCCGUGAACCCCACUCGUGGUGCUUUCGCCGAGUAUGUCGUCGUGGAAUCGAGUCUAGUCUAUGCCAUCCCCGACAAAUUGAGCUAUCAGGACGCCGCUGUGGUCCCGCUCGCUUUCGCCACGGCAAUCCAGGCUCUGUUCCAGCGCCUUAAGCUGCCCGAGCCGUCUAAGCCCGCGAAAUCGGCGUUUCCGGUGCUCGUCAACGGGGGUACUUCGUCUGUGGGGAAGUAUGCAGUCCAGCUAGCCAAGCAUGCGGGUUUGUUCGUCGUGGCUACGGGCUCAAAGCGCAACCAUGAACUGCUCGCGUCAUAUGGCGCGGAUGUGGUUGUGGACUAUAACGACACCGACUGGAUCGAGCAGAUCCGCAAGGCGACGCAUGACGGGCUUGAACACGCGUUUGACUGCAUCUCUGAGCUCGAGACCACCAAGGCCAUCGCAGGUGCCCUGUCAUCGAAGAAGGGGGGCCACAUCGUCACCAUCCUCCCGCGUAAAAGUGUCGAGCUCGACCCCGCACACAGCCAGGUUCGUGUGGAGUCUACCAUCGUGUACACCGUUUUUCAGCGGACAAUCCAGUACGGCGCGUUCGACAACUGUGGGAGUGAGACGCCGGAGGAUAAGGCGUUUUGGGAGAAGUAUUUGAGUUUGCUGCCGGAGUACUACUUGACGUCGGGAACUAUUAAGCCGAAUCGGGUGAAGGAGUUUGGCGGGAUAGAGGACAUUCUGAAGGGCUUUGAGUUGCAGAAGGAGGGCAAGGUUAGUGCGGAGAAACUGGUCUAUAAGAUUGCUUCUUGAGCUUUCUGCAGUAUCAGCGAAGAUAUAUAGCAAUUCUUUGGACAGCAUUCACAAGUGAUGAUGACAUUCUGAGCCGAGUAUAUGGAUAGAAAGAAAAUCCCACGCCACACUUGAAAUCUGCGCUUGC